AUGAAACAAGUAGUUCCAUUUUCCGCUAUGAAGAACUUGCUUUUCAUAACACUUAUAUCAUACGUUUACUCAUUGAAAGACCAACUAGAUGAUAAUGAACUUCAAAAAAUGAAAGCAGCUGUUUCUCCAGAGAUAUUAGAAGCCAUUGGAUCUUUAACGGACAAAGACAAGGUUAUCUUAUAUGAUCUCGCUCACCGUGAAGAUUUUUUCACAGCUAUCCUCAUUGAAAAUCCGAGAUUAACCGAUAUGGCUACUUCUAUAAUCAAAACUUUUGCGUCGAAAAUAUCAAAACUGGAUGAGAAGCCAAAGAUGUUCGUGAAAGAUACAAUAAACUCUUUGAGAAAGCUGCAUUUACGAGCUGUCCAAGCUAAGAGCUUACGAUUGGAUGACUUGGCAUCUACUGAAGAGAAACGAUUUCGAGCCUUGGAUAGUCGAGACAAAGAUGCGAUAGUGCAAACAUUCCCAAUACUAACUGAUAUGGGCAUAUUCACAAAUAAAAAGCUACAGUAUAUCAUGCAAUCUCUAUUCGACGACGCCGAAACCGCCAAGAAACAUGCGGAGCUUUGA